CACUGCAGGAGAAGAAACACCGCCAGUUUAGUUCCUGGUUGCAUAAAGUCUCCUGCUGCUUUUUUCCUUAUCUUUAAUCUAAACGGACGGUUUCUUUCCAGCAGUAUGUUUAGAGGUAUAGGGACGUGGCUGGGCCUGGAGAACCCGACGUACACCAAGACGUCGGAGGACAAGGAAGAGCUGAUAGUGGAGCCGGAAGAAAAAGUGGUGGAAGCUCAGAACGAGGUAAACAAACAGCAGCCAGCUGAGCAGAAUGAAGAACAAGAGGCGAACCAGGAAAACUCGGAGCAGAGCAGAGGACUAGGUGAUUACAUUUUCAGCUUUGCCUCCAGUGCCACCAAGAAGAUCUCAGAAUCUGUGGUAGAGACUGCUCAGAACAUCAAGAAGAGCGUAGAAGAAGGCAAAAUUGACGGCAUCAUUGACAAGACUUUUUUAGGAGAUUUCCAAAAGGAGCAAGAGAAAUUUGUCCAAGAAAAGAAGGCAAAGAAAUCAGAAGCAGCAGUGCCUCCGUGGGUCGGCUACAAUGAGGAAGAGACAAUCCAGCAACAGAUCCUGGCUCUGUCUGCUGACAAGAGGAACUUCUUGCGGGACCCACCAGCUGGUGUUCAGUUCCACUUCGACAUGGAGCACAUGUAUCCUCUGGCUGCAGUGAUGCUGGAGGAAGAUCAACUCCUCAACCGGAUGCGCUUUGACCUGGUUCCUAAACAUGUAAAGGAGGAGGUGUUCUGGAGGAAUUAUUUCUACCGGGUGUCUUUGAUUAAGCAGUCAGCUCAGCUCACAGCACUGGCAGCUCAGCAGCAGCAGCAGGACGGCGCGGACAGUGUUUCACCUGAGGCCGUCGUCUUAACAGACAAUGUCAGACCAAAAACUCCACCAGUUUCCAUCAGUGACAUACAGAAGCCAACUCAGGAAGAAGAGGAGGAGAUGUCAACAAGUCCCGGAGUGUCUGAGUUUGUGAGUGACGCUUUCGACUCAACAGCCAUCAACCAGGAGGACCUGAGGAAAGAGAUGGAGCAGCUGGUGCUGAAUAAGAAGGACAGUAUCCCUUCUCCUGAUGAUGAGUCAGCAGAUUGGGAGAAGGAACUGCAGCAAGAACUUCAGGAGUACGAGGUGGUGACUGAGUCAGACAACAAAGACGACCAGUGGGAUCAAGAGAUUGAGAAGAUGCUUCAAGCUGAUGACAGUUAAAAAACUAGAAGAGCACUCGGAGGGCACAAACUGCCACCAAGGCUAAUCGUAUAAUCUUCUGUGACAUCCGAUCUUGAAUCUCACAUCAGAUCUGCACCAAAAUUUAAUGGGCUCUCUCUUUGCCCUUGCUCCACAUGCCCACCAAGUUUUGUAAAAAUGAGCUUGGUAGUUUCUGCAUAGUCCUGCUGACAGACAGACGGUAAUGAAAACAUAACCUUCUUGGCAGAAUAUACCUUUUUGCCUGUGUGUGGCCUAGUAUGGAUCAAUACUGAACAGUGAUGCACAAGGGUAAGAGCUUUGCAAACCUCUGCCCUGCACAACUGUUAUUUGUAACAUUGUCUUGUAACUGAUGAAGUGGUUUAGCUCCAAUAAUAGCAAGAGUGUGCCAUCUCUGCUGGAGGCAGCAGCUACAGUACGUUCAGGCAUUUUAGUGAAGUACUACUUCAUUGUUCCUUCCUCAAUGUGUCUUCUUGUUUUCCCCUACUCUCCAUACUUUUGAUGAGUAAAGUGGGUAGAGACUGCUCCAGUAAAAAUACUAUAAAUUUUAUAAUGGAUUGGGCCUGUCUGUAUUCACUUUAUAUCUUUGUUUCCACUGCUGCUUCCUGGUGGGUUGUACAGUUGAGUUCUGACAUAGUUGUAGUACAGUAAAGUUAAAUGUAAAGUUACUUUUAUGUCAAUAAAGAGGGUUCUAACACUAUA